UAGAGCUGACACUGAAGAAACAGGCACCCUGCAGCAGAACCUACACUGUGCCCUUCUGGAUUAGCUGAUUUUGAAACAUCUGACUUUGCUGAGUAAUCUUUGAAUUCUGACUCAUUAGCAUCAUUUUUUUUUUUAGCCCAUCAGCAAAACCAGAAGCCAGAAUGAAUGAUUCUCAGAUUUUGGACUAUUCUUUGGAUUAUAACUACACUGACUUCCUGGAUUACAACUUUACUCUAGAAGAUGAUUUUCGGGAUUCAAAACAAAAUACCUUGUUUUGUGUGAUUUACGUGUUGGUCUGUGUAGUUGGCUUUGUUUCUAAUGCCCUGGCCAUCUACGUGGUACUUAGGUACAGAUACAUGUGGACAACCACCAACAUUUACAUCUCCAGUCUUGUUUUGGGGGACCUGUUGUAUAUGCUGUGUUUGCUGUGGUUUGCCGUUGAGACUGCUUAUUCAUACUGGUCCAUGGGUAUCAUCUUGUGUAAAGUUUUCUGGGCUCUAACGACCUCCGUUGCCUUCUCCAGUUCAUUUUUUCUGACAAUUAUAUCCAUCAAUGACUGUUUGCAGGUCUACUUCCCUGUCUUCUCGAGGAAUAGACUUGGGCCAAAAGCAGCCUUGGUUAUCAGUGGCUGUACUUGGGUUAUAUGCCUUUUGCUGGGCAUUCCCAUAUUUAGGUAUGCAUCCCUAGAUUCUGGAAAGUCUUGCAAAGUUUGGUCUGAAGCCACCUCUCUUUACUCUAUUACAAUUACCACCUAUCAGUUUGUUUUGGCCUUUUUUGUGCCACUGGCAUUAGUUUGUGUCAGUCUAAUUCUCACAGCAAAUUGGUUAAAGUCUCACAAGAAACAUGCAGAUCCUUCUUAUACUAAUGUAAGAGAGGACAUGAUAUUGGUUCUCGCUCUCUCUAUUGUCUAUGUCGUCAUUUGGCUUCCAAUGCAUGUUCUUGAAAUAAUGUCUGCAGUUGGAGUCUUUACGGAACUUACGGAGACAGUCUAUUACCUUCUCUCCAUCGUACCUUACCUAAAAUGCUGCAUCUACCCCUUCCUGUAUGGAUUGAUAUCACAAAGCUUCAACGACGGCUACAAGAGAGUCCUCUGUUGUGCAAAGGCCAAAACGAUAAACAAAGACACAGAAUGUUGCGGUGAUAAACAAGAAGACAAGUGUCUGAAUUGAUAUCAUGUAUUCUUUGUCUUUUUACAUUUCAAAAUGUAUCGGCAGAAACCUAUACAUGACUCUUUUUAUUCCUAUAGGAUUC